AUGGCGACGGUGAAGCUCUCCAAAAGGAUAACAGACCGAAUCCGGGAGCUGAAUGAUGCCAGCAUCUUCGCCACGGAGUUGCGCCUGGGAGGUGUAGCUCGACAGCUGGCCCAGAUACCCCUGGACUCUGCCAUGGAAGUCUUAGACGGGCUGGCGGAGGCUGAGGAGGCGCACCAGGAUCCGACCACCUUCGUGGUCGCCGCCGCGUCGGCACUGAUGGCCCCACCCGCAGAACUGGAUGAGGAGGCGGCAGAUGCCUUUGCUGAGGAGGCCCAGAGCAGAGAGGAACCCGAGGAGGAGGCAGAGGAGGAGGGCCAAGAAGAGGCCUGGAGCCAAGGUGCAGGCGACUGGGAGGAAGCAGUGGAGGGAGAGGCAGAGGAGGAGGCAGAUUGGGCGGAAACCCCGAAGCUGAUCCCCGCUGUUCACAACAAGAUCCUGUCGCUGAACAAGUCCGGAAUGCUUUGCACGAAGAUCGACCUGGCGAAGGUGGGUCGGAACGUGGCCCGGCUCUCGGAGCCCAUCGCGAUGCAGCUCCUCAAGGACGUUGAGAGCAACGCCGACAUGGUGGACAAGCCAAACGCCCUGAUCGCUGAUGCCUCCAAGAAAAUUUUCGAAAGUGGCCACGGGGAUGUCGGCAAGAAGAUAGCUGAACAGAUCGGCAUCCUCAUGAGGCGGAUCCGAUGGGUAAACACCAACAUCUCCCUCGCUUUUCCGCUUCACAUGGGACAUGUCCUUCAAGUCCUGCAGGAUCUCGAACAUUCAGAUGCUAUGCAGGUCCUCAAGUCCCUGGUUGAGCAAGCCGAGGAGAUUGAGAGUCCGCAGGGAUUUAUUCGGCGCGAAGCUAGAAAGAUGCAAGAAAAGAGAAAAGGCAAAGGGAAGGCGAAGGGAAAGGGGAAGGCCAAGACGAAGAAUGGUACUGGUAGUAAGUCUACCAACCAGUACCAGUCUUCGUCUUGGAAUGGCAAAGGCCACAGCACCAGCAAUGGUACUGGAAAAAACGGCAAAGGCCAUGGCGCCGGUAAGAGCAAGGGCGCUAAUGGCAAAGCCGGAAGCAAAGGGCGAAAAGGGAAGCUGACAGCCUCCGAAGAGAAAGUAGCAAGAACGGUAGCCUUCGUCAACAAGCAUGGAGGGCUAGCUGCAAGUUUCAGCUACGAAGAGGCCAAGAGUCACUUGGACCUUGUCGAUGAGAAGACGCAGCUGAAGGUGCUCGAAACCCUCAAACAGGAGGCGUCCGUCAUCGAGCAUCCGCUUAAGUGGCUCAGACUCGCGUGCCAGAAAUUUGCUCACAUGCAUCAGAAGAAGUUCGCCAAGAGACGCAACAAAGGCAAGGGCGUCGGAAUCUCAGGAAGGGAUCCCAGUGGUGCCACCAGAAUCCACAAGCCGGCCAGCGGCUCCUGUAGUUUUAAGCUGAAGGCAUCAGUGCAAUGCACGUAG